CCACACCGGCGUGGUCUCAACUCGAUCGCCAUGACUAUCAAUCCCACCUUCCUCGCGCAGCGCACGCGCUCCUCCGCCAACUGGGGUGAUGCCAGAUAUCGUGUCCUCAAGUCCUACCGUGAAUGGCUGAGAGCGGUUAGUGACCCAAAUUCCUUGAUCGCGGGACGGUCCCUGUGGUCAUUCGAUCGGACCUGAGAUAUGUCAUAUCAUUCCCAAUGGCCUUCUGGGGUUGGAAUUCGACACCGAAAUGGAACCCCUCGCUGCGGCUCUAUUCAAAACAAGCAGCAGGACGAUUGUUGACCUAUGAAACUCGAACUAUAGUCCCCGGAGAUCCAGACCAUGUACUCCUUGAACAUCCCCGUGUCCGCCAUUCGCACCAAGAUCCGCCAGGAGUUCGAGAAGCACCGCUACGUUAAGCAGCUGGGCGUUGUCGACGUGCUGCUGUACCAGAGCCACGCCGAGUUCCAGGAAACCCUCAACUUCUGGAAGCAGCUGUCACACGUCAUGAAGUACUUCCGGCCAGAGGAGGAGCCCGGUGCGCGUCUACCUCCCAACUUCAUCUCGGGCUUCUUGGAAGGCCGCAACUAAAAUGAAUCUGUGUUGUACUUCUUUUUUUUUAUUUCCCUUUUUCGUUUUUUUUUUU